AUGUCCAGAUCCGGGGACAGGACCUCCACCUUCGACCCCAGCCACAGCGACAACCUGCUGCAGGGUCUCAACCUGCUGUGGAGGAAGCAGCUCUUCUGCGACGUGACCCUGACGGCCCAGGGCCAGCAGUUCCACUGCCACAAGGCCGUGCUGGCCUCCUGCUCCCAGUACUUCCGAUCCCUGUUCUCCAGCGGCGGCGGGAGCGGCGGGCACCCUCACGCCCUGGGGCUGGGGCCCGGCGCCCAGGACGGGCUGGGAGGUCCGCCGAAGGAGCCGCCGCCGCCGCAGACGCAGGAGGAGCCCGGCACCCCAUCCUCCUCCCCGGAGGACAAGCUGCUGGCCAGCCCGCGGGCCAUCAACAACCUGGUGCUGCAGGGCUGCUCGUCCAUCGGGCUGCGGCUGGUGCUGGAGUACCUGUACACGGCCAACGUGACCCUCUCGCUGGACACGGUGGAGGAGGUGCUGUCGGUCAGCAAGAUCCUGCACAUCCCGCAGGUCACCAAGCUCUGCGUGCAGUUCCUCAACGACCAGAUCUCGGUGCAGAACUACAAGCAGGUGUGCAAGAUCGCCGCCCUGCACGGCCUGGAGGAGACCAAGAAGCUGGCCAACAAGUACCUGGUGGAGGACGUUCUGCUGCUCAACUUCGAGGAGAUGCGCGCCCUCCUCGACUCGCUUCCCCCCCCCGUCGAGUCGGAGCUGGCUCUCUUCCAGAUGUCCGUGCUCUGGCUGGAGCACGACCGGGAGACCCGCAUGCAGUACGCCCCGGACCUGAUGAAGCGCCUCCGCUUCGCUCUCAUCCCGGCGCCGGAGCUGGUGGAGCGGGUCCAGUCGGUGGAUUUCAUGCGCACCGACCCCGUCUGCCAGAAGCUACUGCUGGACGCCAUGAACUACCACCUGAUGCCCUUCAGGCAGCACUGCCGGCAGAGCCUGGCCAGCAGAAUUCGUUCCAAUAAGAAAAUGCUGUUAUUGGUUGGAGGAUUGCCUCCCGGACCUGACCGGCUACCCAGCAAUUUGGUUCAGUAUUAUGAUGAUGAAAAGAAGACGUGGAAAAUACUGACAAUUAUGCCGUACAACAGUGCCCAUCACUGUGUCGUGGAAGUGGAAAACUUCUUGUUCGUGCUGGGAGGAGAAGACCAGUGGAAUCCUAAUGGGAAACACAGUACAAACUUUGUUAGCCGAUACGAUCCCAGGUUUAACAGCUGGAUACAACUUCCACCCAUGCAAGAGAGAAGAGCCAGUUUCUACGCCUGCCGCCUUGACAAGAACUUGUAUGUCAUCGGUGGAAGAAACGAAACUGGCUACUUGUCCAGCGUCGAGUGCUACAACCUGGAGACAAACGAGUGGCGUUACGUGUCUUCCUUACCACAACCCCUGGCAGCCCACGCAGGAGCCGUUCACAAUGGCAAGAUAUAUAUUUCAGGAGGUGUCCACAAUGGAGAAUACGUCCCCUGGCUGUACUGCUAUGACCCUGUGAUGGACGUCUGGGCCCGGAAACAGGACAUGAACACAAAACGAGCAAUCCACACUCUGGCUGUAAUGAAUGAUCGACUGUAUGCAAUUGGAGGAAACCAUUUGAAAGGUUUCUCCCAUCUCGAUGUAAUGCUUGUGGAAUGCUACGAUCCAAAAGGUGACCAGUGGAAUAUCCUUCAGACUCCUAUUCUGGAGGGUCGCAGUGGCCCUGGCUGCGCAGUCCUUGAUGACAGUAUUUACCUUGUAGGAGGCUACAGCUGGAGUAUGGGAGCCUACAAAUCUUCUACUAUUUGCUACAGUCCUGAGAAAGGGACUUGGACAGAACUGGAAGGUGAUGUUGCGGAGCCCCUUGCAGGACCCGCGUGUUCGACUGUGGUAUUGCCGGCCUGCGUUCCGUACAACAAGUGA